GUGGAAAUUUCCAACAUGGUGCUGGAGAAGAAAGCUUCAGCUCGGGUGGAGGCGGGUCAGCGUAGAGUCCUGGAUGAAGCCACCAGGCAGCGGAGACUGACCAGGCAGCUGGAGGCUCUGGAGAAGGACAACUUCCAGUUUACCUUGCAUUUCUAGGACGACCCUCUGUCAUCGCUUCCUCCCCCUGGUCCAACUGCUCGACUCCCUGCCUUCAGUGAGACAGAGGAGCCUGCCCUGACCAGCGCUCAGCCACCACAAGCCAACCUCACCAUGCAAGAGAGGAAUAUGUUCACUGCUGGAUCUGUGCCUUAACACCACAUAUUUCAGCUAAAGAGGUGACUUCUACAGACAGCAGCACGGCCGUGCUAGGUUCAGCAGUGUCAUCCAUUGUUGCUAAGCUGUACAUGGACGAAGCGGCGAAAGAGGCUCUCAAACUCCUUUCCAGGAAUUGCCCCAACACACUGGUUUAGUUAUGUGGAUGACACUUGGGUGAAAAUCAAAAUCCAAAAAGUGCAGGGUUUCACAGACCACAUCAACACAGUGGAGAGCAAGUUUCAAGCAGUUUUAACAGAGAAGACACAAAGAACAACAGGUUAGCCUUCUUGGACUGUGCAGUCAUCGGAGAGAAUGACGACAGUUUAGGAAUAGAAAUUUCCAGGAACGUCACUGACAGACAUCACCCAUUACAACACAAACUUGGUCAUCAGGACCCUCAAUCACAGAGCACAUAACAUCACCACUUCCAUCGAAGCCAAGAGAAAGGAAGACAGGCAUCUGAAGGCAGCACUUAAGACCUGCAGCGCUGGAUGGGUCUUCAACAAGGCAGUGUCACAGUCCUGAAGAAGGACAACAGAACAACCUGAGACCCAGGAUCAGUGGAAGAAUCUGGUCAUUCCUCACAUGAGCGGUGUUUCAGAAAAGUUGAAAUGAUUUUUGGGAACUACCUAAACUUGUUUAUUUCAAACCCACUAAUACACUCGGACAGAAACUUGUUCACCCAAAGGAUCAGACACCGAAACAGAAGAACAGAAGAGCAACAUUGUUUAUGCAGUCCAGUGCAGUGAAGAGUGCUCAGAGCUGUACAUUGGAGAAACCAAAGAGCCUCUACACCGAAGGAACCUGCACAGAAGGAACAACACAUCAGACCCAGUUUCAGCGGUGGAUCUCCAUCUGAAUGAAAAUGGCCACUCGUUUGACGAUAACGAAGUUCACAUUCUAAUCACAGAGGACAAGUGGUUUGAGAAAGGGGUGAGGGAAGCGUUACAUGUACAAGUUAACGCACCCUCUCUCAUCAGAGGAGGCCUCAGACACAAUCUGUCUCCAUUCAUCAUGCUGCCCUUUCAUCUAUUCCAAAAAAGAUCAAGACCACUUCACAAGUCCAACAGAAAGGACAAAACCAACGAUUCUGUACCGAUGGAGGAGCCUGGACGUUGACACUUACUCACCCCCGGCCCUUUGGAGGGGAAAAGCUUACUGAAGGAUAAAUGUGUGGCCUUCAGCCAACUUCUUUCAGAGUGAAGAAGCUAAAACUGGUGAAAUGAUUCUUUUUUCUUUCUUGAUUCUUUUUUUUUUUUUUUUUCUCCGGCGCCGGUCGAGCUGGCUGCUGGUCACAACAGCUCCUGUCCUCUUACUUCUAUUUAUUACUUUCUUUACUUAUUUAAGUUUACCUUUCUAGUGUGUUGUUAGUAGCAUUAGUGUACACAACCUGUGCACAGCUUUUAUAUAGUUUUUCUAAGUUUGGCGCAGUACAAACGCUGUUUUAAAGCUACGAUGUGCGUCGGGGUCAGAGCGCGCAUUGUUUACACCGCGGAGCAGCUGAUCGCGCUGCGCAGCGCCGUAGUUCUGCCCAGAGACAGACACGAGAUCACCGCUGAGGUGCUGGUGAAGUCCCGACGUGGGCGCCGCGCUGGAAAACUACGACGGGAGAAAACGAGACGCUUCAGGCCCGCUGUCCCCUCCGUCAUCAUGGGGAACGUGAGAUCUCUCCCCAACAAGGUACCAGCCGGAGUACAGAACGAGCAGCGUGCUGCUGUUCACGGAGACCUGGCUGACGUCACUCAUCCCGGACUCGACCGUCGCACUGAACAAUUUUCAUCUGCGGUAAGAGGAAGGGAGGGGGUCUGGCUGUGGUUGUGAACACGAGGUGGUGUAUUCCAGGACAGUGCACUGUCAAAAUGAAGCUGUGUAACAGAGACAUUGAGCUGUUGGCGGUGGGCAUGAGGCCAUUCUACCUGCCACGGGAGUUCACACACGUUAUAAUAAUUGCUGUGUACGUCCCACCCUCCGCUAGCGCUGACACAGCUUCUGAGACCCUGCUCUCAGUCACCAGCAGGCUGCAAACACAGCACCCACAGGCCCUCUUCCUGAUCUCUGGGGACUUUAACCAUGCACCUCCUUCAGCUGCUCUGCCUACAUACACCCAAGUAUGUGACCUGCCCCACCAGAGACAAUAAAACACUGGACUUAUUCUAUGCCAACACCAAAGAGGCCUACGCUGCAUCCUCCCUCCCACCACUGGGCAGAGCUGACCACAACAUCCUGCAUCUCCUGCCCGUGUAUAAACCUGUUGUAUACAGGCAGCCGGUGGUGCCCCGCACAGUGAAGAGGUGGACAGCUGAGAGCGAGGAGGCUCCCAGGGACUGUUUUAACACCACUGUGUGGACGGAGCUCUGCGACCCACAUGGGGAGGACAUUAACGCAAUAACAGACUGUGUAACGGACUACGUAAACUUCUGCUGUGAAAACACUGUUCCCACCAGGCGGGUUCGGUGUUUCACCAACAGCAAACCAUGGGUCACCCCUGAUAUUAAAGCUCUGCUAAAGGAGAAGAAGAGAGCAUUUAAAUCAGGGGACAGGGAGGAGCUGAGGAGGGUGCAGAAGGAGCUGAGGAGGAAAAUCCGUGAGGGGAAGUCCAGCUACAGGAGGAAGAUGGAGGAGCAGCUGCAGCAGAACAAUGUGAGUGAGGUGUGGAGGAGCCUGAAAACCAUCUCAGGCUUCAAAGCUCCACACCCACAGGCUGAGGGGGACCUGAGCUGGGUCAACGAGCUGAACUCACACUUUAAUAGGUUUGACCAAGCACCCACUCACACCACCCAGCAGCUGCCUCCAAACCUUUUGUCACCUCAUACCACUGGAUUACCAGCCCCCACAGCCCUUCACACCUUUACACAAAGCCCUCUACCCUCAGCCCUGACGACUGGUGACUCAUCCCAACCACACCGCCUCACUUCACACCACACUGAGUCACUUCCUCAACCCCUCGCUUCACACCACACUAAGACACUCCCUCCACCCCUAUCCUUCUCCAGCACCCAGGUGAGAAGUGAGCUCAGGAAGAUCAAGGCCAGGAAAGCAGCUGGACCAGACGGCAUCAGCUCCAGACUCAUAAAGUCCUGUGCAGGCGAACUGUGUGGAGUUAUGGAGCAUGUCUUCAACCUGAGCCUCAAGCUGAGGGUGGUACCACAGCUCUGGAAGACCUCCUGCGUGGUACCAGUACCCAAGACACCGCACGCCAAAGACCCCAGCAGCUUCAGACCAGUGGCUCUGACAUCACACCUGAUGAAGACACUGGAGAGACUGGUCCUGGGUCACCUCCGCUCUGCAGUGGGAACCUACCUGGACCCGCUGCAAUUCGCCUACCGACACGGCAUAGGAGUAGACGACGCUGUCAUCUUCCUCCUACAUCGAGCCCUUUCCCACCUAGAAAAGCCCGGCAGCACUGUGAGGAUCAUGUUCUUUGACUUCUCCAGUGCCUUCAACACCAUCCAGCCGAUGCUUCUGAAACACAAACUGGAGGAGGCUGGUGUGGACCUUCAUCUGACGGAGUGGAUUAUGGACUAUCUCACAAACAGGCCUCAGUUUGUGAGAGCCAGGGACUGUGUGUCUGACACUCUGACCUGCAGUGUGGGGGCCCCACAGGGGACUGUACUGGCCCCCUUCCUUUUCACCCUCUACACGUCAGACUUCAGACACGACACGGACAGCUGUGUUCUGCAGAAGUUCUCUGAUGACUCUGCGAUCGUCGGACUGAUCACCGAUGAUGACGAUGCAGAGUACAGAGGACUCACUCAGAACUUUGUGGACUGGUGCCAGCGGAACCACCUCCUGAUCAAUGCAGGGAAAACGAAGGAGAUGGUGGUGGAUUUCUGCAGACAGCAGCCUGCUGUCAUACCACUGAUGCACAUCCAGGGAAGGGACAUAGAGAGAGUGGACUCUUACAAGUACCUGGGAGUGCAUCUGAACAAAAAACUGGACUGGACUCAUAACACGGAUGCACUGUACAGGAAGGGUCAGAGCAGACUCUACCUGCUGAGGAGACUGCGGUCUUUUGGAGUGAGGGGGCCACUCCUGAAGACCUUCUAUGACUCUGUGGUGGCAUCAGCCGUCCUGUACGUGUGGUCUGCUGGGGCAGCAGCAUCACAGUGAGGGACAGGAAGAGACUGGACAGGGUCAUCAAGACGUCCAGCUCUGUCCUGGGCUGCACUCUGGACACGGUGCAGGAGGUGGGUGAGAGAAGGGUCCUGGCUAAACUGACAUCCAUCAUGGACCAGGACUCUCACCCACUGGAGGACUCACUGUCUGCUCUGGAGAGCAGCUUCAGUAGCAGACUGAUCCACCCUCGCUGUGUGAAGGAGAGAUAUCGUAGAUCCUUCCUACCUGCUGCUGUCAGACUGUACAAUCAGAACUGUUGACCACGUCCCACCACAGUCACUCACCCACUGCAUCAGUGGUUUAUAUAGCAACCUGCUCUGCACAAUAUUUGUGUAUAUCUGUGAACAAUCAUGUAUAUUGUUACCGGUACAAAUCUUAUACCCAUUACUGUGCAAUAACCCUGCAAUGACCUCAUACUCACUCUAACUGUACUGUACUGCUUUGUACUGUGCCAACACAAACUGUUCUGUACCUGUAUUCUUGCUCAUCUGUACUGCUGUUGUGAGAGGUAAUUUCCCCACUGCGGGACUAUUAAAGGUUUUCUUAUUCUCAUUCUUAUUCUUAUUCUGAUUCUACUGAAAAGAAAACCCCUGGACAGAAGUGUCCAGGGAGAAGGAAGUGCGGAACUCUCUGCUCAGACUGCUGCCCCCGUGACCCGGCCCCGGAUAAGCGGAUGAAAAUGGAUGGAUGAAAAGAAAAAAUCCAAUUGACGUGACUCAACCUUUAGAAUAAAUGACGUUGUGCUUUGUUUUU